ACGUCUUGAACGCAGCAUCAUUGAGUCCGUUCGAAUCCCUAAGGUGCCAGCAGCGCCAGUGGUGAGCGCACGGAAAAGCCAAACAAACACCUUCAGCAACACCGCCGGGGACAUUCUACUCACACCGCGGCGUCGUCUCGUCCUUACGGGAAGACUCGUUGUGCCCUCGAGUCCGUCAAAAGCUUGCUGGGCUCCGGAGAAAGUGCGGAUAAUUGCGCGACACCAGGAAGUCAUCAGAAUAGUGUUCUGUGUGGAAAAGCUUAUCCUCAAAGAAAAUAGUUUGGACACAUUUUCAGCGACAUCCUCCAAGAGAAGUUUGAAAAGCAAAUAAGAUUGACCAAGUGCUCGACACAUGGCAGCCUUGUUCUUGCUUCCUGACCUGACCUACCUAUGAAAGCAGACUCCUCCUUCUUCACCCAGAGACCCGCACCUAGUUCAAUGGGCGUGUUUACCAAUGUGAAAACAACACAGACAUCACUAUAAUGCAUCAGCCGGCACGCUUUCUGUUUCACUAACCAGAAAUGAACAUGCCAGCAAUGUAACACCGGUCCUAUUUCCUUCAUUGUCAUGUGACUUUGAAUCGGCCAGCAUCGCUUUCCUCCAAACUCUCGACAGUCUUUUCACCCCGUGGAUGAGGUGAGCGGCGGGACCUCCAUUGCCUCCGAAAGACUGUCCCCGGACUCGUUUUCUUUUCCGCGUGUAUUCCCAUAGAUUCUAAAAUGACCCGGUAAAAGCGGCGCGGACGGCGAAACCUACUGGCCCACGGUGUGGCAGGAUAACGCUCGCUUCUCCCCUCACUUCAUGGACAAAACUGCUCUAGAAACUGAUCAGUACACCUUUUUAAAAAUAUGAUUUCUGUCUUGCGCCUGGCAAUAGAGGAAAUGACCCAACUAGAUCACUGAAGAAAACCGGACUAUAAGCGGAAGCUCCCGGGACAAGAUUCACCCAGGGGUUCUUGUGACUUCUGGAAAGCCAUCUACUUCCUGGCCAGUUUUCUGGAUCACCAUUCCGGUGAUCCUUUGACCCGUCCUCCCGGUGCGCCACCCUGGACGAAGGGAUCAGCCUGUGGGGGAAAAAGGGGCCCUCCUGUCCUGGCAGAAGUUUAGAGACGCUAGUCCCUGUGCCGCUCCCUGUCUGUCAGCGCCGACGGGCCUGAAGAACCAAGCCCAGACGGACUGAGGGAGGAGGCCGAGGACUUCAGAGCCACCGACUCUGGGAUCCUGGCCAUGAGGUUUGAUGCCUCGAUCCACUGACCAGAAACACUGGACCUAAAUGGCGCAGCAUGACUUUGUCCCUGCCUGGCUUAACUUCUCCACGCCCCAGCCUGCCAAGUCCCCUGCAGCUGCCCUUGAUAGACAAGGUGAACCUCACCUGCACAGAGAGGGCAGAAACACUGUGAGCCGCCGGCGCCACAACUCCUCUGAUGGCUUCUUCAACAAUGGCUCCCUGCGUGCUCCAACAGGUGACGGAUGGCAGCAGCCCUCAUUGCUUUUGAGACACGACUCUGUGGACUCGGGGGUGGCCAAAGGUGGAGGGCACAGUGGGCUGGCAGGGGGGUCUUGCUGGAAGGACACACCCAGCUGGCAUGGAAGUCUGCGGGGGGCCCAGGACAGCCACCACCACCAGGGACGCCACACCAAGCGGGGAGGGGGCGACAGGGACAGGCAGGGAGGGCACCGGCAGCGCAAUGGUAACUACCAUCCCCGCAAGGGCACCUCGUACCAGGACAAGUUUCCAAAUGAAGAACGCAAAGACGGCAAGGACGACAAGCUGAAGUUUGUGGAAGAGGACUUUCCUUCCCUCAACCCUGAAACAACUGGAAAGCCUGCAACUCAGAUGAGAGCAGUUGCCCCCCGUGCUGGAGUGUGGGAAAAUCCCCCGAGUGGCAAGCAGAUGGUGUCCAAAAUGUUAGUCAUCAAGAAGGUUUCAAAAGAGGACCCCGGCACCGCCUUCUCUGCGGGCUUCGCCAGUGCCGGCGCCUUGCCUGCCAACGGCGCUAAGGCUCCCAUCAUCGGCUCCAGCGUCUACAAGAACCUGGUCCCAAAGCCUGCUGUGGCCCCCACCAAAAGCAACCAGUGGAAAGGCGGCGGUCGAGAGAUUGCAAAGUCCAGCCGAGAUUCCGUCUUCACCAACCCCUCUGCUACCAAAGCCAGCACCCCAGUCAGUGCCCCAGCCCACAACACCCCUAAAGAGCAUCCUUCCAGCACGACUCCUCCCAUCGACAUUGCCCCGUCCAGGCUGAAGCUGAUGCGGCGCGGUCCGGACCGAAAGAGCGAGUUCCUGCGUGCUCUGAAGGACGAGGGCACCGGAGAGCUGACCACCAGCAGCAGCCCGGGAACAUCAGGAGAGGGUGAAAGCAGCACGCCUGAGCCCAAAGUGUACAGUGAGGAUGUCUGCCAUGAGAAUGGUCUCUCCUACUCCCUCAGUGACUCCGACACGGAACACCUGUCCAGUUCCCUUGAAGCCGAGCACAGGUUGCUGAAGGCCAUGGGCUGGCAGGAGUACCCGGAGAACGAGGACAACUUCCUGCCUCUGACGGAGGACGAGCUGAGAGAGUUCCAGACCAAGACGGAGCAGCUGAAGAAGACCGCUCCACAGAGGAACGGGGUCCUGCCCAGGGCCCGGGGCGUCACGCUCCACUUCACCCCCUGGAGGAGCGUGGCGGAGGCGCACGUGGAGGAGUGCUCGGAGUCGGAAACCAGUAGCAGCAGCCAGACCUCGGAUGACGACGACGUCAAACCCUGAAGAAACAUCUCAGCAAGCCCUCAUCUCCGUCUCUACACUUUCUAUUUUGUUGUUGGUCUUGCACAAGGGAAAAGCAAUCAUAUCCCAGUGGAGGGGGAGCGUUCUGAGACGUUCUUUUCCCUGCGUUUGCCCCGCCCCCUCCCGCCUCGCUUCGUGGAACCCCGUCAAGAAGAAGAAUGCACACGUGAUUCUGCUUUAAACAGACUAACUCAUUUCAUUGAUGAUGCUGAUGACACAUUAAUGAUAUUAAUAAAAUUGGUUCCUGACAAGCUGA